AUGGCUUUUGAUGCAAACGGACACGUCCAUGGGAACUUCCAUGCGUAUUAUAGUUUCAAUCCGGUGCAUGAACGUUUACGGUUUAUGGAUGUCGAAACUACCGAUGCUUUAAGACGUGCGUUGCUUAUGAAGAAAGAUGCUGGAGAUUCGAUGAGCGAAGAGACGUUCACUGUCAUUGACAUUGGCUGUAACGAAGGCGACUUGACGAUUGGACUCUACAAUUUGUUAAGUGGACGUACAAUGCUUGCAAAUGCCAAUCAGAUUGAAGAUGAUGUCGCCGACUUUGACCUCUCGAAUAUCAGUAUAUUGAAUGAAAGGAUACAGAAGGAUAAGAAGCAGGUGGAGUAUGUGACCGAAGACAAGGGUGAGACCAAUCAUCGCAGACGCUACGUGUGUGAGCUGCGAAUUGACGGAAAACCUAUGGGUCAUGGUGAAGGUGUAUCUAAGAAGGUAGCUAAGGCAAAGGCAGCUGAAGUGGCUCUUCGAACUUUGGAUGACAAGAGUCAGGAACAGGAGAAGGAGGAGCAAUCUGCAGAUGAGAAGACUGUUCCGGUGCAUCUUCCACUGACAAAUGAAGAGCUGGUGAAGAAGAAACCGCUUAUGAUUCUUGGUGUAGAUAUUGACAAGGUACUGAUUGAACGUGCCGCCAAAAAGCCUCUGCAGUUGAUGGAGGGGGAUGUCGUGCAGUUUCACCACGUUGAUGUCAUGACGAGCAAAUUUAGCAAGGAGAUCGCUCCGCUUUUGGAGCUGGCGAAGCGCUCGAGAUCGGAAAGAAAGUUUGACGUUGUCACUUGCUUCAGCGUAACAAUGUGGAUUCAUCUAAACAACGGAGAUGACGGUCUCUGGAAGUUCCUCGAGACAGUCAGUGACAUGACCGAGCACCUGAUUAUCGAGCCACAGACGUGGAAAUGCUACCGUAACGCACAGAAGCGGCUAAAACGCAUGCGAGUCGAGGUACCCCAGUCUUUCCGCGAAAUCAAGGUGCGCACAGACGUCGUGGAAAGGAUUGAUGCGUUCCUGCUAGCUGCUGGCCGAUUCCGCUACAAGGCUCAACUUGGCAAGACCAACUGGUCGCGGAACGUGGUUCUCUACAGCCGCGAGCCCGUGUAUGGGAUCAUUUACGCCUCAUAA